AGAGUCGAGGCAAACAUGAAAGCCAUAUUAUAAUGUGCAGAUAGUGUUCAAAUGAGGACAGGCGACUCUAAAAUAAAGUGACUUUAAUACAGAACAGAAGGUGGCAGUAAUGCAACAAUUCGGAUGGCAGUUCUCGUAAAACCUCAAAGAAGAAGAAGAAGAAGUGUUUAUGUUCAGCGUGUUUGACUGUAGAUGGUCUGAUUCUGUGAGGAGAUCAUGAGUCCCGCGCAGGACAGCAGCAGCAGCGGUAAAGGAGGCGCGCAGCAGCCGGCCAGCAGCUCCGCGGACUCGGGCUACAGGAGUCCCGGUCUCCGGGGGGUCACGACCACCUCACUGUUCCGCGCCGUCAACCCGGAGCUCUUCAUCAAACCGAAUAAAGCGGUGAUGGCCGUGGGUCUGCUGAGCCUCACGCUGUGUGUGGGGUAUCUGGGAUAUCUGCACGCCAUCAGAGAGAGCGACCAGCAGCUGUACGAGGCCGUGGACAGUGACGGAGAGAGAUACAUGAGGAGGAAGACCUCCAGAUGGGACUGACUUCAUCAUCAUCAUCAUCACUGCACCUCAGAUUAAUCACCCAGGAAUAAUGAACUGAACAUGUCAGUGUGUGUGUGUGUUUUAAACAUGCAAUGUCAUUUAAUUAGUCUCAUUUUCCGGUUUUAUAUUGCACAAUAUAGUAAUCUAUCCAUAAUUACCAGACCGACACACAGUUACUGCGUUUAGACUCUAGUUUGGGCAGGGCUGACGCAUACAGCUGGGUUAAUGUGCCACAAUAUGGGUUAUUUUGGGAAAAUUACAUUCAGCUGAUAAAUGGGUCAUAUUAGUUAGUGAAACCAUCUUAAAACAUGAUUUUCAAAUAUGCACAUAUGUUAAGGCAGUUUUUAAAAAGGGAGUAAAAUAUUUAUGUUUGAUAAAGAUAGAUCUUAAAAUAAUUUUUUGUCAAGUUUAUUGCUAUCAGCUGCUGAUUGUGUUGAACACUGAAGAUUGAAGAUUGUUCAAUAAAAUAUUUUGUGAGACUGUCAGUGAACUUCA